UGAACUGCCUACCUUUGCGAGCAGUCUUCGUGUCUGUCUUAGCGAUGAUUUAAUCUUUUGGACACCAGGCGUACCAGAUUGACUGCCACUACCUUCAGGCCGGUAAGGCUUCCUUGUCGUCUUUGGUGUCCGUGAGGGUGCCAUUGUGUAGUCGAUAACGAAAAAAAACAAACAAAUACACGAGCGGUCAGUUGGUAGCCUAGCCAGUGAAGCAAACGGUCCGUGGCUAUUUGUCUUUCGUGACGUCGCCAAACAUACAUCCGAUCUUUUCUCCUUUUAUAUUCUUCUUCCUGGACAUUAUUUUACUGUACACUCUAUAAUGCGGAAUCUCUCCCUUGUCGCGUCGACAUCGUCUGCAUUACCAUUGGACUCAGAAAUCAUAUCGUGCACGACCAUCGAUCUUGAUCAAAAUAUCACGUACAUUGCGACGGAACGCUGUAGUGCAGGCGCAGAUGUUCAGGUAAAGAUAUGGAAGGCGGUAUCAGACGAGAAGGGUGGUUGUCUAUUCGCAACUCGUUUCUACGACCUGAAUGCCACCGCGAUGUCAGAAUAUACGUCGCACCCACAAGUGGUUUCCCUUCGAGUGCAUCUGGACAAUCAACAGCUUGUCGCGGUCCUUCGUAGUGGGGAUAUUGUAACUGUUCCCUUAGAAGACGGAGUUUCUCAGGAUGAUGAUGUUGUUGGUACGGUUGAUGGAGGAAUUUUCGCUGUGUCAUGGAGCCCAGAUGACUCUUCGCUUGUGCUUGUUACCGGGGAUAACAAACUGAUACUGAUGACUUCGACAUUUGAUGUUCUAUCUGAAACACCCUUGCACCCCACUGAUUUUGGCGAAGAUGCUCCAAUAAACGUCGGCUGGGGUUCUAAACAGACACAGUUUCAUGGCUCGGCGGGUAAAAGUGCCGCUCAGGCGCCUUCAAAUGUAAUUCUCGGCAUCAGCCCCGACGACGACGCGCUCCCUCGCAUCAGCUGGUGCGGUGACGGUGCCUUCUUCUGUGUGUCUUCCCUGUCUCCGGAUCAAACUCAACAUCGCGUUCUCCGCGUGUAUGAUCGUCAAGCAGUAUUACAAACCACCUCCGAGCCUAUCGCCGGUCUUGAACAUACGCUUUCAUGGAGACCAUCGGGAAACCUGAUCGCGGCGACACAGCGGUUCGGAUUUGAGGGCGGCGGAAUUGGUAAAGCCGGACGUCAUGAUGUCGUCUUCUUCGAGCGCAACGGCCUCCGCCAUGGCGAGUUUGGUAUCAGAGUCGGUGAUCUGAAUGUAGACGAUACCUCAAAAACGGGAGACUUCAGAUGGGGCUAUAAGGUUAGGGAACUCAGAUGGAGCUCAGAUUCAAACAUACUGGCGCUAUGGAUUACAAGGAAGGAGGGGGACAUUGUUCAGCUCUGGACGAUAGGAAAUUACCAUUGGUACCUCAAACAGGAGAUUGUAGCGCCUUCAAAUACUUCACAGCCUGGCUAUUUUACAUCAGUGGAAUGGCAUCCUGAGAAUGCACUCACAUUGAUCUUGACAACAAAAUCCCGAGUUACCCAACGAACUUAUGGUUGGAUUACGUCUUCUUCUCCGACAGUGCCCCCUCUGGACACAGGUUCCGUUGCAGUGAUUGAUGGAUCCGACAUCCUCCUGACGCCAUUCAGGACACAAAAUGUCCCUCCGCCGAUGUCCUCCUAUCAACUUACUGUCUUACCUGAAGCUUCUCAGGCAUCUCGAAUUCCUAUCCACGUAUGUUUCUCCCACAGCUCCGACAUGCUAGCCGUUCUAUGGGAGACGGGAUAUGUGGAAAUAUGGGAUCUUUCGACGAGGCUGACGCCCGGGAGAGGGAAGGUCAUGGGCCCGAAGAGGGUUACUUGCCUGACCUCUCCCAGUGCGAAGCCUAGGUCGUACAGACAGAUUAUACUACGGAGCGAUGGUGUCCUUCUCCUUGGGUCUGAUAACGGCGAUGGGUCGGAUAUUAUUACGACUGUUGAGAUUGAGGAAGAGGCAGGACAUUCUAUGGUGAUGCCAUCCCGAAAUGGCCGUCUACUUCCAGUGGACCAAGGAAUUAUAUGGCAGUCCCCAGGCGGAGAAUUGUUUGAUGUUCGGGUUAAUAAUUCAUUGCUCAUCUGCAGCUUCCCUUCGUUUUGCCUGACCUCAGACCGCGUAAUCGUCGAUGAUUCCAGCUUCUCCUUGUAUCUGGGACUCACAGAAUCUGGGAAGAUGUACAUCAGCGCUGAGGGCUGCUCGAGUGCGCUGAUCGCCUCAAACGCAACAUCCUUCACACUUGCCUCUAGGUUCUUGAUAUUCACUACGGGGAACCAUGAAGCCGUUUUCGCAGACAUCAAGUCGCUAUUCUUGUAUAUCAAAACGGAGAACGAGAACGACAGAGAGGCGCUCAAAGGCAGCUGGGAGAAACGGCGUGUCGAGAGGGGUUCGCGAAUUGUCGUCCCAGUGCCCAGUGCGAUGGGCCUCGUGUUGCAGAUGCCCAGAGGAAAUCUGGAGACAAUCAAUCCACGACCAUUGGUCAUGGAGGUAGUUAAGCAGGAUUUGAAUAAUCAGAAGUAUCGUAAGGCGUUCAUGGCCUGUAGGAAGCAUAGGAUCGAUCUCAGCGUAAUCGUACAACAUGACGAGAAGACAUUGUUGGAUAAUGUUGCCGCAUUUGUAGAGGAUGUGAAAGAAGUAGAUUAUAUUAAUCUGUUUCUGACAAAUAUUGGCCGUUCUUCUCAACCCCCGGAAGCUAUUGCAAGGAUAUGUGAUACCGUUCGGGAGGAGUUGGAGAAGAGAGAUCUGACUGGAUAUGUCAAUUCCAUAUUAACUGCUCACGUUGUGAAGACUCCUCCGGACCAUGAAUCAGGGCUAAGGUUGCUACUACGUUUGCGGGAUGCAAACCCGGAGUUGGUAGAAGAUGCAGUCAAGUACAUCAUCUUUCUCGUAGAUGCCGAUAAGCUGUUUGAUACCGCUUUGGGAGUGUAUGAUUUCUCGCUGGUGUUGAUGAUUGCACAACACUCCCAGAAGGACCCCAGAGAGUACCUCCCUUUCCUCCGCGAGCUGCGUGCCCUGGAGAAAUAUGUACAAAGAUUCCGGAUCGAUGAUCAUCUGAAGAGAUAUGAGAGCGCUUUGAGGAAUCUAGGCCUCGCUGGGGAUGAUCACUUUGAUGAAGCCAUAGCCUAUAUCGAGCGUCAUCAUCUGUAUGAGAGUGGAUUGUCAAUAUGGAAGGGGACAGAGCGGCAGAACGCUGUGCUAACUGUGUAUGGUGACUGGCUGUUUGAAAGAAGAGAGUUUAGACAGGCUGCGUCAGUAUUUGUAGAAUCUGGGGCACUUUCUAAAGCUAUGGUGGCGUACGAAAAGGCGUUGGAGUGGCAAAGUCUCUUUGACCUGACAGUUCGGAUGGAAAUGCCUGAAGAGGACCUUGUUGCGAUGGGAUAUCGUGUUGGUGAGGAUUUAACAUCAAAGAAGCGCUACAUGGAAGCUGCUCGUGUUAUUCUCGACUAUGCCAAAGACGCUCGAGAGACGGUGAUUACACUUGUUCAAGGCAAUGAAUUCGCUGAAGCGCGCCGAAUUAUGACGCUUCAUCGCAAGCCUGAACUUUUGGCUGAUGUCAUCCACCCGGGCGCUCUGGAAAGCCGAUACCAAAUCAAGGAGGACGUGAACGAAAUGCGGGAACAGCUGCGUAAGCAGUUCUCUAGACUACAAGAGCUGCGCAUCAAGAAGGUGGAGGAACCAGAUGCGUUCUUUGGCGUUGAAGACACGGCCUUACAUAAUGUGGAUGUGAUGACUGACGUAUCGAUGCCCUAUACUGCCUUCACCCGGUAUACGGCAGCUCCGUCAGCCACAUCCCGGUCGUCCAAGCAGAGUUCUCGGUCGAAGAGAAAGCAGGAGAGGAAGGUGGGCUCGGGUAGGAAGGGCACUGCGGAUGAGGAGGAGUACCUUUUCAAGUCUGUGGCUAAGCUCGUUGUGAAGUUUGCUACCACCCGAGAUGAAGCCCGAAGCCUUAUUCCACACCUUUUCGAAUUCACACCCGACCAUCGUGAAGAAGGUUCCAAUCUUCAGAAGGAGAUCGAUGCGUUCGAGCGGGAGCUUCAGGAGGCAGUCGAGGACAUCUGGAAGAAGCCCGCAGCGGAGGAGGGUGAAUCGACGACAGAUUCUUGGGCGGCGCGAAUGGAGCAAGUCGAGAAAGCGAAACGAGUGAACCCUGUUGAUUCCGUGCCUAAGCCUGAACUGGGACGUAAUGCAGACUGGCGGUUAAGGCUUUUGGACUUGGACAUGGAGGCGUAA